ACAAUUUUUAUUUGAUUAUUCUACAUUAGAAUUCAAGCCAUUAAUAAAGUGUCGGAAAAGCCUGAUCUUUUUCAAGCUACAUGGCGACUUCGGUCUGUGCAAAUACUAAGGCAAAGCUCCGUCAACUUGGCAUCCCCGGUAAACAAUGAACCGCCUCCCAAGCUUUCUCCAUAUAUAGUACUUCUUAUCCCUUUUCAAAAUUUACAUCCCAUUGACAAGUCUUCGUCCAAUAUCACUCAGACGAUCACUUCAAAUAUGUCGUUAUCCGGUUUUCUUAAGGGUAUCCUUACCGGCGCCGCUGGAAUAAUCAACACUUUAUCUCAGGAUGUAACUAAUGGGUAAGUCUUAGUCUUCUACUUAAGGAAAUAUUACUCAAUAAUUGUUUACUUAUUAAUCAUUGUUUAGCAAUUCUCUCUGGGGUACUCUACAGGCUCCAACCUUUCCUCCUUUUCUCACAAAUAAUCCUCUUCCAAAUGGAUUUCCCUGGGGUUCAUUAACUGCAGGAGGAAAUAAUCCUUACACAUCAGCUCCCUCCACAGGAGUUAUCCGGUAUUACGACUUCACCGUCACAAGAGGGACAAUUGCUCCAGAUGGAUAUGCCAAACAAGUCAUACUUGUCAAUGGGCAAUUCCCAGGACCUGCUAUCGAAGCCAAUUGGGGUGAUACAUUCAUGAUCAAAGUACACAAUCAAAUUACAGGACCUGAAGAAGGGACAUCAUUCCAUUGGCAUGGCUUAUUACAAAAAGAGACUCCAUAUAUGGAUGGUGUACCUGCUGUUGGACAAUGUCCUAUUGCCCCCGGUGCCUCUUUCACAUAUACAUUCAAGGCCGACCUUUAUGGCACUUCCUGGUAUCAUUCUCAUUAUUCUGCUCAAUAUGCUGGUAAGCUUGACAAAUAUUCUAGUGCUCCUACCUUCUCAAACUAACAUUGAUUUAGGUGGACUUGUAGGACCUAUGAUUAUUCACGGACCAAGCAACGCACCAUAUGAUAUUGAUCUUGGACCGGUUUUUUUGACAGAUUACUAUCAUAAGGAAUACUUCUCAAUCGUUCAAGAAGUAAUGGCCGGUGGUGGAAAAGGAAAUCCUAGGGUAAUGUCAGAUAACAAUCUCAUCAACGGAAAAAUGACAUUCGACUGUUCUACCAAGGCUGAUGGAGAUAAUACUAAAUGUUAUGACAAUGCUGGAAUCUCACAAUUCAAAUUUACCACAGGAAAGACACAUAGACUCAGAUUAAUCAAUGCUGGUGCUGAGGGUACACAAAGGUUUAGCAUUGACGGGCAUAAAUUGGUUGUUAUUGCCAAUGACUUUGUACCAAUUGUGAGUAGCUUCAGUGGGUUCGCAGUCACAAAAUUUACUAACAAAUUUAGAAACCAUAUACCACCAAUGUUGUCACCUUAGCAGUUGGUCAAAGAGCUGAUGUUCUCGUCACCGCCAAUGCCGGAAGAUCUAACUCAGCAUUCUGGAUGAGAUCAAGUAUUUCCACCAUCUGUUCUUUAACCAAGCAACCAAACGCCCUCGCAGCAAUCUACUACGACCGCGCCGACACAAGCAAAUCACCCACAAGCACAGCAUGGAAUGCACCAGACCCAGGAACCUGCACAAACGAUGAUCUCACCAUGACCGAACCUUACUACUCACUUGCCGCCGGCACACCCUCCACCACCAAAAACCUCGACAUAAAUUUCUACGUCAACGAAACCGGGACUCUCCUCUGGGAACUCGGCGGCACAUCUUUCCGCGCAAAUUACAACAAUCCCGUCCUCCUCCUCGCCGACCAAGGAAAAUUCAACUACCCAGCCGAAUGGAACGUCCAAAACUUCGGCUCCAACUCCUCCAUCCGCGUUAUUGUCAAUAAUCCCACCCCCGCCGCCCACCCCAUGCAUCUCCACGGUCACAAUAUGCAAAUCCUGCACGAAGGCCCCGGAAACUGGGACGGUGUUUCCAUUACGCGACAAUCGAAUCCGCAGCGCAGAGAUGUUCAACUCGUUAGACCAAAUGGUCAUAUGGUGUGGCAAAUCACGACGGAUAAUCCGGGCGUUUGGCCAUUCCAUUGUCAUAUUGCUUGGCAUGUUAGUGGAGGUCUCUAUGCGAAUAUUCUCGAGAGACCGGAUGAUAUUAAAAAUAAUAUGUUGAUUCCUGCGGAGAUGGCUCAGACUUGUACACAGUGGAAUGCGUAUACUAAGCUUACGGUUGUGGAUGAGAUUGAUUCGGGGGUUUAGAUGUUGGGAUUUGGGUAUGGGUGUGGAGUUGGGGUAUAGGGAAAAUGUUUAUUUAUUAUCUUUUAAUGAUGAGUGGGGAUUCUUGAGGGUUGUAUUAUAUUGUGUAGAUGGGGCUUAGGUUUGGCUUGGACUGGUCACUAGGGUAGGGUAUACAUAUAGAUAAUUUUAAUUUCGAGCUGGUUUGUUGGAAAACGGGAGAGGAGGUUAAAAAGUUGGUUGAUUAAUAGAAUAACAGUAUAAGAUGACAUUAUCUGAUUUA